AGUUAGUGCUCAGUUGUCGUUGUAAACGCUUCGGACAGCGUUUUCAAUUUGAAUCCGAGUUAUUUAUUUAUAUAUCUAUUUAUAUAUAUAGUGUAUAACAUUGACAAUGUCGCGAUUAUCUCGUUCCACACAUAAAUCAAUAAGUAUUUUGCUGUUACUGCAUUUCGUGUGGCUGACGACAUUGCCAGGAAGCACAGCAAAGCCAGCGGUGUCCACAAUUCAGCCCGGCUCAUCGAAUACGCACAUUGUGAGCUUUGUGAAUGGAAAGCGUGGAUUGCGUCCACACGAUGAGUUCGACUUUGAGCGCAACGAGGCGGAGUCCAUCAACUCGGUGCAUGUGCAACAGCUCUUCGGCAGUCUGUUGCAGUUGCAGGCUGCAGCCGACAACAACAAAACCCUUGACACGGACGAUGCGCCCGUGAGUGAGCGCAAUACGCUGGACGAUGAGCUCAGCCUGGAUGCGAUGGUCAGUGAUGAGCAGCAUGAGAGCUCCACGGAAUACCCAGAUGCCUGGCAUCGCAUCAAGUUGGCCAUACCCGUACUGGAGCCAGUCAAGCAUCUCAUAAAUGCUGUGGGAGGUGGCGAUGUGAAUGAUACGCAUGUCCGGACAAACUCGCAUCGUUUGAUUGGCCACAUGGGUGUGCAUCAUGCACCGCAUAGCAACAAUACGUCGCCGGCCAUUGAAACGGAGGAGGAUCGCGAAGAGGCCAUCGAUAGCACCGGCUUCGAUCUACUCGAAACUCUGGGCUCAGCGGGCACCGUUCUAUGGGGCAUGCUACAGAAUCUGCGCAGAUUGUUUGCGGCCAGUGCGGGAAAUGCGAGCACAGCUUUCUCGGGUGGCGGCGGUGGCGGUGGAGCCGGUGGCGGUGGUGCAGGCCGCGGGUGAAUUUCAUGAAGCUGCUGCUGGGACUGGGUGUGGUCUUGUGUUCUGUGAUUAAUAUUAGCGCUUAGCUCUGGGCUUUCAAUGCUUUAUUUUAUAUAAUUACUAAUUUGAAAUAUACGAAAAUAAAAAAAAAAUAAAACCA